AAACUCGUUUAGCAAGAAGUGAAGAUAGAGAUCGUAGAAUUGCUCAACUUGAGAAAAAAGUUGAUGAUCUUAUUACUGAAAUUGCUCAAUUUAAAAAACUUAAAGUUGAUGUUAAUAAAGUUCCUCGUCUUCAAAUACUCCAAUGCCUACUGCUGACUGUCUCGGAAUUUACUGAAAUUAAAGAAAGAUAUCAAUCAUGUCUUGGAGAAAUUGAAGAACUUCAAGCACAACUUCAAGAUACCAAAGUAUUACAUUUUGAAGUUAUUGAUAUUGAUGAUUCAACUACACCUACCACAAAACAAUCUGAUUCUACUUAUGAUCCAAAUUCUUUAUCACCUCAUUCUUCUGGUGCUCAUCGUAAAUCAAGAUCACUUUCUGCUGAAAUUCAAGGUGCUGAAAAACGUGAACUUUCAAGUAUGGCAAUGAUUCAAAAACUUCAAAUUGAACUUAAACAAUUAGAAUCUUUACAUAAAGAUAAAGCUGAAGGUUUAGAUGCUGUUAAAAAAGAAUUUGCACGUUUAGAAGUUAAUCAUCUUGAAACUCUUGAAAUUGUUGAAGAACUUCGUGAAGAAAUAAAAAGGCGUGAUGCUUUAGCUCAAAUUGAAGUCAUGUCAGUUAUGACUUCUGAAUACGCUUAUACUGAAUCUGGUUAUUCUGCUGCUACUAGUGAAAUAGAUCAAUUAGAUAUUGUUCAUCGUCUUAGAGAAGAAGUUGAACAACUUAAAGAAGAACAAAGAAGAAAUUUAGAAAUAAUUGCUAAAAAUGAAAAAGAAGAAAAAAAUGAUGAUCUAACGAAACUUGAGACUGAUAUCACCAAACUUAAGGCUCACGUGCAACGUCUUAUUGAUAAUAAUGGUAAUGAAAAUGAGAUUCUAACUUUACAAUCAAAGAUUAAAGAAUUAGAGGAUCAAUUUAAUAUUAAAAGAGAAAUUCAAAAGCAAAUUAAUAUUAAUGAAACAACAGCUCGUCUUGAAGGUAUAUCUGAUGUAAAUAACGAAGUAUUGGAAUUACGACAACAAGUUGAUAAACUUCAAGGAGAAAUUGAAUCAAAAAGUCAUACUAUAGCUGCAUUAUUAUAUCCAUCAGUUGAAAAUCAAAAUAACAUUCGAAAACUUGAGGAUGAACUUCAAGAAUCUAAAGAAGCUUAUCGACUUAUUACGGAAGAAAAAAAUAAUAAAUUGACCACAAUUUCGGAAGAAGAAGAAGAAUAUGACUUUUCUGAUAAACAUGCUGAUACAUUAGAAAAGAAAAUUCAAUCUCUUGAAGAACAAUUAAUUAAAGCUAAAGAAAUUCCGAAUGUACCUACUCCACGAACUUCUAUAUUUAAUGGUGUUGAUCCAACUUACGAAGCUGUUGGUGGUCUUGAAGAGAAACUCGCUGUAUUAAAACAAGAGCUUGCUAUUAAAUCAGAAACCAUGACCAAUUUACAAAGUGAAAAAGAAAUUGUUUCUUCACUUCAGGAACAACUUGAAACACUUAAAUUGGACAUUCACCACAAAUAUGAACUCAUUGAAAUACUUAAACGAGAUCUUGCUGAUAAAGCAAAUCUUCAACAAAGAUUAAAAGAAAAGGAGGCUGAAGCAUUAGCAUUCAGAUCAAAAUUAAUGGAUGUUCACAAACAAGAAACUGAACUUGAAAAUGAAAUGAACAAACUUAAAACACGGUUAAACAAGUUAGAAAAUGGUGAAGAUGUGAAUAAAGUUCUUCAAACAGAGUUAGAAAUUUUACGAAAAGAACUUAAAGAUGUUCGAGCAAGGGAAGCAGUCACAUUGGAUAGACUUCAUGUUCUCAAAGUAAGAUUAGGUUCAGACCAAGAGGAAUCUCAUUUACAAGAACAAUUAGAACAUUUACGUGUUGUUGAAAUUGCCCAAAGGGAAAGAAUUAUAAUUUUGGAAGGAAGACUUUCUGAACAAGGUGGACAAGUUGAUGAAGAUUUUGUUAAAAUAAGAACCGAAUUAGCAAUUGCAAAAGAAUCUGAAUCUGCGCAAAAGCGUACCAUCGAAAACUUGGAAAUUAAACUCAAAAAAGCUGAAGAGAGAUCUCAAUUAGCGACUCUUAGACGUGAGAUUACUGGAUUAAAAGCCAAAGAAGCCGAACAAAUUAAGAAAAUGAAAGAUUUAGAAUUUCAGUUAAAUGAAUCGGUCAAUAAAGAUUCAAACCAAGUUAAACUAUUAAAAGAAGAAAUUGAAAGUUUACGCGGACUUGAACGUGAACAACGUAAACAUAUCGAAAAUCUUGAAGGUCGAUUAGAACUUAUCAAAGAAGAAGAUCCAAAUAUUUCUAUUUUAAGAGAUCAAAUUGCCGGAUUAAAAGCAUCAGAAGCUGAUUUGCGAAGAAUGGUUCAAGAUUUAGAAUCCAAAUAUAUCUCUGCUCAAAAAGAAAUAAAAGUUUUUGAAACGGUCAAAGAAGAAGUUGCAUUCUUGAAGGAAUUAGAAAUUGAACAGAAAUCAACAAUUGAACAACUUCAAUCACAACUUCGUAAAAUUAGAAAUUCAAAAGAGGUAGCUAUCAAAGAACUUCAAUCGAUGAAAGGAGGUUUUAGUCUUCAAAAAGAACUUGUAGUUUCUUUAGAGGAAGAAUUAAAAACACUCAGACAGGAUUUAGCAUUUGCCAAAGAGAAUACCAAUUCAUCAUCAGAAGAACUAGAGAAAAUAACGACGUUAUUAAAUGAUACUCAGAAACAACGAGAUGAUGCACAAAGACGCGUCAAAACUUUGGAAAUUGAAGUUGAUACUUAUAAACUUGCAGGAGUUUCUGGUAAUGAAAAUAUGGCAGGUUUACGUGAAGAAUUAACUAAUGUUAAACUUGAGAUGGCAGCUCAAAAUGAAUUUAUUGUCGAACUUGAAAAUCAAAUGAAUCUUAUUGAAAAGGAACGAAAUGAAAAUGUUAAACGUGUAAAUGAAUUGACGGAAAUUCUUAAAGAAAGGGAAUCUAAUCAAAAAGAUGCUAUUGAGGAACUCGAAGCCACUUUAGUGAAUUUAGAGACUGAAUUGGUCAUGGCAAAGGAUUCUUCCAAGGUUAACAAGGAAACCAUUGCUAAUCUUGAAGAGAAACUUUCGGUCGUUCGGUUACAGUUAAAAGAAGCAAGAGAUUCUGAUGAGAAAAGAACCAAUGUGAUUAAAGAAUUAGAAGUUAAAUUUAAAGAAGCAACAAACAAUUUAUUAGAAAAAGAAAAUCAUCUAAAUAAUCAAGAUAAACUUAUUGGUGAAUUAGAAAUGUUGAUACAAAAUACUCAAAGUGAGUUACAGUCCGUAAAAGUGUCAGAAUCAGAGGCUACUGGACGAAUAAAAUUACUUGAAGUCAAACUUGCUGAAGCAACAAAGAUGCAGGUUAAUUCUUUUGCUGCAGAACUUGAAGCAUCAGAAGCUGAACUCAAUAAAUUUAAAUCUUAUGAAGCCAAACACGUUCAACAUAUCAAAAGUUUAGAAAGUAAACUUCAAGAAGUUCAAAAUCGUCAUCAACAAGAAAUCUCUAAACUAAAACAAGCCGAGGAAGAAAUUUCAUCUCUACAAGAAAGAUGUGCUCUAUUACAAGAAGAAAUUGGUAAUGCUCACCGUGAUUCUGUCAUUCAGAGUUAUGAGAACAUUGAUAAUAAUAUAGUUGAAGAGCUUAAUAGCCAACUCAAAAAAGCUCUCAAUCAAGUCCAAGAACAACAAGAUCGUGUUAUUGAAUUGGAGAAAACUACUAAACAACUUGAAUCAGAAAAGAAAAUACAAUGUGAACGUAAUGAAGAUCUUGAAGACCAAGUUGAGCAAUUACAAAAAGAUCUCGAAACUUUGGCUGAAGAAUUUGCAGAAGCUGCAUCCAAAUUUGAAGAUGCUGAUGAAUUAUCUAAACAACAAAAAGGUCGUAUUUCUGAAUUGGAAAAUGCUUUACUGGAAGCAAAAAAGAAUUAUCCUGAAGACUUUGAUGGAUCCGGUCAUUCAAACCCAUCACUUGUUAAACUUGCUGCUGUUAAUGAACAAUUACGCCAGUCAAAUGAUAACUUGAAUUCCAAGAUCCUUGAAGCAGAGGAACAAACGCAAAGCGGAUUAGAAGAAGCUAAUGAGGCACUCUUUGAUGAACGUGGAAAACUUGAUCAGAAAAUUGAAUUCUUAAUGCAACAAUUACGAUCAGUGAAUACUGUAGAAAAUAAGGCAGCAACUCAAAUUGCUGAAUUAAAUGAACAGAUUGUUAAUUUGGAAAGGGAAAUUUCCGAUUUAAAGAAACAAACUUUAGAUGAUUCAAAAGAAAUGGAGAAAGAAAUCUCUAGGCUUUUAGAUAUUAAUGAUCAGCUUGAGAAAGAAAUCAAGAUGAGCCCCAGAUCUUCUAAUGAUAUGUCAUCUGAUAGUGAUAAUAUAAAUUCACGUGAACAAUCCAAGCUCACGCACCAGGAAGAUACUAUUGCGCAGCAGAAGAAUGUUAUCAAAUCUUUACAAGAAAAGAUUGCAGAACUCGAAGAAUCACGCAAAUUAUUACAAGAUUCAAACUCCGAGACACGUAACUCUUCUUCAUCAAUGUCAUCAAAUUCAUCAUUAGAAACAAAGAAAAGUUUGCGACCGCUCACUGGAAAUAAUCAAAUUGUACCUCAAAGUCCUAUCUCACCACCAUCAACACCAAGCUUUCCAACAUCACGUUCGCCAUUAUCGCCUAAAUCAGAUUCAGAUGGUUCAAGGCAUAGAUCUGAUUCCAGUGCAUCAUCAGAUCUUGCACUGGAAAUACAAAAAUUGCAAAAGAAAAUUGCAAAGAUGGAGAAUGAAAAUUCACAAAAUAAUCAACUUGUUGAACAAUUAGAGUCCUCACUCAAUGAUAGCGAAACAAAUCUACGUGUAGCCAAAAAACAAUUAUCCAUAUUACAACGUGAAAAACAAGAGUUUCUUGAACAGAUCAAGAAUCUAAGAUCACAGUUAGAUGACGCUCAACAACAAGUAGAACAAGCUAAAUCAACUGUACGAGAAGAAAAGAAAGUUAUGGAGGGUGUACUUGAGGAAGAACGCAAAGCCAAGGAAAAGGCUGAAAAAGCACGAAUAGCAAUUGAGAACCAAAUGGAGAAACUUGUUGCCAAGAGAAACAAAUUUAUGUGUUUCUAA